AUGCCCUGGUACUGGAUUCUGUUGUUUGUGUUGCGUUUGGGCUCCUUUGAAGGGACCCUAGGAAAGGAGUUGAGCCCGUCGUAUGGUCUUCGCGAGUCAUGGGCCUCGUCUCAGGUCCGACGAAAGCUCUCUGCUGCGACUGUGAGUUCACAAUUGGAAAGAAGAUCACAAUCCUCGCUUGGCCUUUUCAAGGAAGAAACAGUCUUCCACUAUCUCCACGAGGCAGAUGACACUUUCGACGAUUCUGUCUUUGCGGCAUCUUUGUCCGUCAAGUCUCGGGAACCACUCUUAGUGGUCGAAGACUUGGAAAAUGAAUUGAAAGAUGUCGUCUGCUCGAACUCCCAAAUAUCACUUUUCUUCAAUGCACCUGGAGGGUUCGAUGCUGUCAAGGAAGCAUUCCAAUUGAAUGGCAGCUUCAUCGUGGUCACGUCCCACGACGGCUGUAAUUUGGACGGAGAGAGAGCGACAUACCGAGCAAGCAAAGCUGUUAUUGAUGCCGCCAAUUCUGCUGUCCAUGUCGAGGUUUCUCGAUGCGAAUGGCGAGACGCCUUUAUCGACACACAUGUGUCCUUCUUCCGAAGACAUCCCUCAGAGAAUCAGAUGCAUCGACGGACAUUAGAAAGAAGACAGCAAAGUCAGGUCACCACGCCUGCUGCCACCACUAUUCUUAUCACGGGUUCCGGCCCGACACCAACAGUCUCUUUCCCUACCGUUCCUUCGGUAACAAGUGAACUUCCCUCUACAGCCACCAAAACGCUCGAUGUAAGCUUGGUUGAUGAGGUGAUCUUUCCUCCUCAGAAUCUGCUCGCUGAGCAAUUGAUUCCUCAAGGGGUAACUGUAUCGUGCAAGAACUGCUCUAUAGGCGGCACAAUCGAAAUUUCGGAAGCUUCCUUCAGUCUUCCUGAUUCUGACAAUGGUCCAAUCGAAGGCAGCAUCGACGUGGUCAACGAGACCAUAACAUUUUUCGAGAAUGGUAGCGUGGAGGCCGUGGCGACAGGGCUCUUCGCGCACAUCGAGCUGGAAUUGAGCAUCUCCGAAUCCCAGGAUUUGGAGUCCCUGAACAUAGAACUACCUACCAUCCCACUUACCCCUUUCGAGAUUCCGGGAGUAGUUGCCUUUGGACCAUUGAUCGCCCCUGAACUGGUCGCCGGAAUCACGCUCGCUGAAUCGAUGAACUUUACAUAUGGCAUGAACCUCUCGGUUCCUGAUAAUUCAAAACUGGAGAUCAACAUGAGGAACUUGGCCAACUCCACUGCUUCUGGAUUGUAA